UGCACACAGGCGGGAGAGCAUGGAGCCGGCGGCCGGGCCGGGCUGGAGUGGCAUCUGCCCGACCGGGCGGGGCCAGGGGGGCACCGAUCCGGGCCAGGGCUCCUCCGCGGCCGAGGGGACCCCGGGGGCACAGGGCAGCUGGUCGGGGGCUGCUGGCGGCAACUGGAUCACGGCUCACCCCACGUUCACAGAAAUGAUGUCACUUGAUGUGUCUGACAGCACUCAAGUCUACGCUGCCUUUUUGGUGUACCUGGACCUCUUAGAAGGGAGGAACUGGCAUGAGGUGCGGCCCGUGGGAGUGGCAGAGCUGCAGCUGGUGUGUUUGCAUGCCCGUGCCAGGCAGCAGGAGGGGCUCCAGGUGAUGGUGCCAGUGCCUGCACACAUCCUCAUCAGCCAUGAAAGGUUAAGGGAAAUACUGAAGAAAGCCUCUCUCCCUCCAGAGGAUCCGGACACCCUGCUGUCAGUGACCUUGGCCAUAGUUGAGACAGACUCCACAAUAGUCUACUAUAAAAUGACUGAUGGCUUUGUAAUGCCAGAUCCUCCUGAUGAUACUGAAGACGUGGAUAAUAAACAGUGGAGGACAAAAAGAAAGAAACUUUUCAAAUGACUGAGACAGAGGAAACAAAACGUUACUUGAACUCCUGUGUUCAAACCCAAACAAAUGCAGGAACUGAUGUAUGUGAAUAAGUGGUGUGCUAAAGUCUGCCUUGUGCAGCUCCACUGUGAUGAAAUGCCAUUUGAAGUAUGAAGUAGGUCAUGCUUUGACACAGAGCAGUCCUGACUAAUAAAUACACUUGGGAAGUGUUUGCAAA